ACCGAAUUGGCGUCGCUCUGCCUGCCGCAUUUUCCCCUCGCUGCUGUUGGUGCUUUUGUGACACGCAUCACAUCACCACACCCCAACACCAUCCCCACGCACGCGUCCGCUUCUGGACCUGAGGACCUGGCAUGGAUUGGCGGUCGGAAGGCGUCGCCUAUGGCGACUCCGGCUACUGCAGCUCCCCAGCCUCGCUCAUGAACUUUUGCGAGGGAGCAUUGGCCAUUGCGGCCACGAUUGAUCUCCCAACGUUGACCAGCUUGCCGCUCGUCACCACUCAAGGACUCAUUGUUCCAGAAGAAUGGAGGAAGUACUACCCAACGCUGCUGUCCGCGUUUCUCAGCUUCCAGUUCGUUUGCCGUGCGCGCGGUCGCCACGUGAAGGUAUACGACUGCAUUGAGCGCGUGGACGACUCCCUCACGCUCCUCAGCGCCAUCUAUCUCCUGUUGACGGCGCUCAUCCCCUUUGCCGUCAAGGCUGCGCUCACUUGGGGUGAGACAAAGUACUUGGAUGGUGCAUAUGCCAUCAUCAUGUUUCAGGUCCUCUUCAUUAUCCUCGAUGGCGUGUCUAUUGGGACCCUGCACUACGCCAAGCGCUCCAACCUGUUCUAUCCAACCUACCUCCCACCGCGCGAGGAUGGCGUGCGUGUGUUCCAGGAGGGCGAUGCCAUUGCCCGCCUCCACUCCCAGUCCAAGGAGGCGCAGGAACAGCGGCAGGGCCACUACAACGCGCUCAUCGCACAGUUCUGCCUCACCAUCUGCAUGAACCUGCUCAUCAUGCCGCUGGGGCUUGUGCACCACUUGCUGGCCAUUGCCGUCGUGCUCCUUUUCUCCAACUUGGCCAUGAAGAGCUUGCUUCGUUUCAUUCCCUGGUUUCGCGCCAUCAUGAACAAGGAGCUCAGGCAGCCCCUCAACAAGGCGCGUCUCAUUUCGUUCCAGGACAACGUGUUCUCCAUCCUCGCCACGCUGCUUGUGCUGGACGUGGCCUUGCCGCGCGGCUUGGACUCGUCGGACACUUUAUUCAAAUUCCUUCGACAAAACUCUUUCCUCAUCAUUGGCUUUGGCGUUGCCUUUCUCUUCACACUCACGUACUGGGUGAUCCACAAGCAGAUAUUUGUGCACAUCUGCGGCCUGUCGACGGCGUGGCGGCAGGUCAACCAGACGGUACUUGCCUUUACCUGCUACGUCCCCUUUGCCAGCAUCCAAGCCUCCAAAGCACUCGUCCCAAACAAGUUCCACCCUGCUCUGUACGAUUGCGAGCGACGAUUUGCGACGGUGGCGCCAAUGCCCGCUAGCAACCCAUGCAUGACCACAACCACAACCACAACCACAACCACGACCACGACCGCAACUCCAAACACGACAACGACGGCAUCCACCAUGUCAAUGGAUUCCUACAUUUGGCACAGGGACCCCGUCUUCGUCUUCUACGUGAUGAACUUUGUUGUUGGUCUGAUUUACAUCGCAUAUUGGCUCUCUCUCCUCAAGUUCUUCCCAAAGUUCCUCAGCCAGGACCCCACCCUGGUUGCGUGGCGCCCGCUUGUGCUUGCCAAGUGUCUUGUGAUGCCGCUUGUGUCUGUCAUCGGCGUCUUCCUCGUGCUCGUCACACCCCCUGAGGGCUGGGCGAUGAUGGCUGUCACUGCCAUCCCGCUGCUCUGGGUGAUGGUGGGCCGCAUUGCCGGCGUGCGCAUCCAGAAGAACACACGCACACGCGUGGACCGAAAGGUGACCAUGACCCACGUGCUCGUCGCGUCCGCCACAUUCAAAUCGCUGCUGGAGAGGCGACGCCGCGGAACGGGCGGUGAUCCGUUGCGAGCGCCGCUGCUCGAUGGCGAUGGUGAUGACGACGGCGGCGGUGUUGGUGCUGUUGCGCUCGACACGCUGGCAGAGGCGACCGAGGAGGAGGAGGAGGAGGAGGGACGGGAUGGGUAUGAUGCCCAGCCUCCUCCAGACUACACGGAGAGUGCGAACAAUGACGACGGCAACAACGCUGCUCGUGGUGGAAUUGGGAGUGUGAAUGGUGGAAACACGAUGGGUGAAUCCCCAUUGUAGUCUCUGUCUCUCUGUCGCUCUUUCUUGUUUCUCUCCCUCCCUCGCUCUCCUUUACAUUUUGAUUCGUGUGCUUCUUUUGCGACACGUGCCCCCCAUGCUUGUUGAUAGGGUUGUUUGAUGUGUGUCUUGCGUUAGCUUUUUGCUUCAUGCCUGUGUCUCUUUGCUGAUGGUUGAACGUGUGCGUGCUGUAAUGCGUGUUGGAUGUGUGCGCAACUCGAUGCGUUUCCACACACACACACACACACACACACA